AGCGAGGGGAGAGGAGUGAAAACUCCCUUGCCCCACUCUGUGCCUCCUUGGCUGCACAUGAAACUUUGCCAUGGGGACACUGAAGGCUCCUUGCGAAUGUGCAGCCCUUCUUCUGCCCACCUACUACUAUACUGCAAGCGGGUCAUUAUUCUCAUCAAUAUGAUUUAUAUACUGCUUUUCAGCAAAAAUGCUCACAAAGUGGUAAGGAUUCAUGUGGUUGCAUGCUCCAAGCACUUAUUUCUGUUAUCAUGCUACAGCCCAAUCCUGAGUCUGUAUGAUGGAUUGGAAGUACGGAGUACAAUGAAGCUAUUCUUCCUAAUAAGUGUGCAUUAUAUUAUAGCAUUUUGCUUUCCCAAAACUGCAGACUUCAAUAUGGUAAGUGCAUAGGCAAUGAUAAAUGAACUCUCGCAGAUACACUCAGGAAUGGAUAAUCUCUAAUAUGGUGAAUGUUUUGCAUAAAGAGAAGGCAUGAAAAAUGGCGCAAGGAAAAUAAGUGAUUCACCCAGGACCAUCAAGCUGCUCAGUGCCAGAGGCAUACACAGCAUUGAUUUGCUGAAUCCCUGGAUGGUGCUGUAGACGAUGCUCAUCUUGCCGUCUGUCACCUAUAUUUCACUGGUAGAGAAUCUAGUUUGAUCAUCAUAGGACAUUCAGCUGUGUAAGAAGCCCCGCAGUGGCUGAACAAAGCAUGAGCAGCAGCUACAGCAGCAGCAGCCGUUGGCUCCCUCUCUCCCUCUGCUUUGCUGAUUGCCAAACACACGCCCCUCUGUCUCGCAUUCAGUAUCUAACGGAGCAUCCAGCUUGGUGGGCUAGGGAUUGUCAGUCACUUUCAGAGGCAGAAGCCUGCCUUGUUAAUUCUGCUCAAGAAUGAGGCAGGUACCAGAGAAAAGGGCAGCAUCUUUGUAAUUGGAGGCGGAAGGCUUUCUCCAAAAGAGUUACUUUGAGAAAGUGCUUUAUUCUUGGUCACUACAAGUUGCUUUCAUACAGUGGAAGAAGAAUCGGAAGAAAUAAACAAAAGAGCUGGCUUCAGCACAGCAAUGAACCAGUAACUUCAGAAAGUUGCAAACUGUAUUCAAAAAAUCUUCAGUCCAAAACCAAAACAUAGGCAUGGGGCUGCUUGAUCAAGCCAACAGCACCAUCGUUCUGGAAGAAUUCGUCUUGGAUAAAAAGCUGCCAGUUGAUUGGCACACAAAGGGCCUUGUCACCCCUAGUCAGGGCCUCCAAGGAUCCAGUUAUCAUAUGAUGGACAGUACGAAGAUCUUAGGGGUCCAGAUCAUACUGAUAGCAGCCUACUCCCUAAUAAUUCUUCUGGGGUUCAUUGGCAACUCCUUAGUCAUUUACAUGAUUGUGAGGUACAAAACCAUGAGGACUGUAACUAACUUUUUCAUUGCUAACCUGGCUCUGGCAGAUUUAAUGGUGGACACACUCUGCUUACCCUUCACUUUGGCCUACACACUGCUGGAUGAGUGGAGGUUUGGGGCUGUACUUUGUCACUUGGUCUUCUAUGCUCAAGCUUUAAGUGUUCAUGUGUCUACCCUCACCUUAACUGUGAUUGCUCUGGACAGGUACAGAUGCAUUGUUUUUCACCUAGACAGCAGGAUAUCCAAGAAGAUCAGCUUCACUAUCAUAGCUAUUACAUGGAUAGUAGCUGCUGUCCUAGCCAGCCCAUUGGCCAUCUUCCGAGAGUACAGGUAUGAAGAAAUUCCAUACAUCGAUCUCAGAUUGGCUGUCUGCUCUGAAAAAUGGCCUUCAGAAAACAGAGAUGCCACCAUAUACAGCUUAUCCAUGCUCCUCUUGCAGUAUGUUCUCCCUCUUUCCAUCAUUUGCUAUGCCUACAUCAGGAUAUGGUUCAAGCUGAGAAGUCAUAUCAGUCCCAUUGCUAGGAAUGACAGUCACUGCCGCAGGAGAAAGACCACAAAGAUGCUGGUGAUGGUCGUGGUAGUGUUUGCCAUCUCUUGGCUCCCUUUCCAUAUUUUCCAACUUGCCAGUGACCUAGAUCUGGUGCUCAUCUUCCAUGAGUAUAAACUUCUUUAUACAGUUUUCCAUGUUGUGGCCAUGUGCUCCACUUUUGCCAAUCCUUUGCUCUAUGGCUGGAUGAAUAAGAACUACCGAAAUGGCUUCCUCAUGUUCUUCCGCUGCCAGAACAAGCCGGAGAGAUUAUAUACAGAAGGAUCAAUCAGAGGGCGGUCCUACACUUGUAGAGCAACCACCUUCAAUGGGAGCAUCAAACACUCAGCAGGCAAUGGACAGCUACCAACUUAUGUUUAGUACAUAAGCAAUUGUAUCUCCACAAAGAGGCUGGAACCUCGGUGGUGUCCUCUAGGACUGGUGCAUUUUCUAAACAUAGAAAUGUGUUGUAUUGCCAAACUGCUGUCACUCUCAUAGCCAAAUGGGAGAACCUUGUGUAAGUCUAAACAAAGAACCUUUGUUCUAUCUCAUGAAACAAGUUAAUUAAUCCUUGCCUUGUGUUCUGUGCUGCUUGUUACAUACACAUUGGAAAAUAUGUUCUACAAAGGAUGCUUUCCUUUUCUGUAAGAGAUAUGAUACCAUUUGGCUUCAAUGUUAUCUUAAGGGAUGGGAAAUCAAUGGACAGGAUUAUUAACUAUUCUUAUGCAUCCAAUGAGAAUAUCUGCACCACUACUGAAAAAUAGGAUAAUAUGGUAAACAUUAAAUGCAUUGUAUAUUCUUCUAA